CGCCGUUUCUAAGAACUAAAAAUCAACGAAGAAGAAGCACACUACUUUUUCAUCAUCUUCAGCCUUAAAUUAUCUCAUUGCGGUGAUGGCGAACGGCGAUCGAUGACUGACGUUACCACUAGGUACUACUGCAAUGCAAAUUGAAAGUGAAUUUAAGGUGGAGUAGUGAUGUCCAGGUUUCGCGCGCUUUGGCAAGCUUCUCUCAAUGCAACAAAGAAGGCUCUCACUGGGAGUCUUGAAGAUUUGAUGCCUCCAAGUGAAAGGCUCAUUUUUAAUUUCAAUUCAAAAGAAGAGCUAAAAAAAUGGCAUCUAUAUUCAGAUUCUGAAUACGGAGGUUUAUCAUCAGCUUCCUUGGAGAUCACAGAUGCUGGAAAUGGGCUAAAGGGGGUUUUCUCUGGGAAUCUUUCAUUGGAUGUAUCUGAGGGCUCAAAGUGGAAUAUAACUCGAAGCGGUUUCUGUGGAAUGCGAUCCAAGAAGUUUGAUGGUUUUAUUGAUUUAGAUGCAUAUGAUACAAUUGCUCUAAAGCUUAAAGGUGAUGGAAGAUGCUACAUAUCCACUAUAUAUACAGAGAAUUGGGUAAAUUCACCUGGACAAAUGGAAGAUAAUUCAUGGCAAGCUUUUGUUUUUGUACCUGAAGACAAUUGGUAUAUUGCAAAGAUUCCUCUUGCUCGAUAUUUGCCAACAUGGAGAGGAAAUGUUAUAAAUGAAAAGCUGGAAAUGAAUCAGUCCCGUAUCCUCGGCAUGUCUCUAUCAGUUAAUGCAGAAGGUGGCAUCCCAGGUGCCAGAUCCGGACCUGGUGAUUUUAAUGUUGAAAUCGAUUGGAUCAAAGCCUUAAGAACACAACUUGCAGCUUUGAAUCUGUCAAGAAUCAUUCAGCAAUACAUAUUACAUCCAUGAAAGGAUCAAAAAAACAAAAGCAGCAGCAACAAGUGCUAGAGUGGGACGUUAUUGCUUUUGUUGUUCUUAUUUAGAUAUGGGUUUUGAUUUUGAUGGUAUGUUCACAAGUUGGGGAGUUUGGGGUCCACUAGAAAAGAAAAGGCCCACAUACUUCUGGGUUUUGGAAAUUGAUGGCUGACUUGGACAAAUAGUUUCCAAGCACACACUUCAUCUAUCUCUGUCAUGGCAUCAUCUCUCCCUCUGUGUGUGUGUGUGUGUGUGUGUGUGUAAAGCAAUUACUAACCAUAUGUGCCCCAAAAAUCAGUGUUUCUAGAGAAGUUGCAGAUCUACAGAGUUCUGAUUGUUUGUUCAUUGUUGAUGAUUGGUAUGGUAGUUCUGGCUAUUAUGUCGCCACCGCCCUUAUCUUGCUUUAUAAACCACUUGUUGCCCAUUGCAUAUCCAUAUUUCCCCUUUUGUGCUUCUUAUUUUAGAGCAACAUGUAAAACAUCUCUUUUUGAUUAAUUCUUGCAAUCUUUUCCAAUAAUUGAGCUUAA